UUCUUGACCUAAUUACGUGAAUAGAGACUAGAAUUCGACAUUUCUCGCAUAUUUAUUUUUAAACGUAACUGUAUUCCCCACAAGCUCAAACUGUAUAUAUUUAUACAUGCAUCAAAUGCCACGGAACCAUCUAUUUCUUCGAGAAUAGCUGAACCACCGCUGAAUUCACUCUAGUCGGGUUGCUGCGUUUGAACGAUGUACUCAUUCUUCUAAAAUACAAUUCCAAAAAGUGUAUAUUGUGUGUUCUUCAAUACUUUUACUCUUAAGUGUCACUCUACAAAAUCGUGCUUUUACGUACACUUUCAAACACGAGGACGAGAAAGAAGAAGCACUUACACAGUGUUAUUGUAACGUACAUUCGCAAGAAGAAACCGCGACACGGUCUUAUAAAAAAAUGAAGACAAUUUGGAUAAUUGGUGGCCCGGGAUGCGGUAAAGGGACUCAAUGUGAACGUAUCAUCGGAAAAUAUGGAUUCUAUCACAUAAGCAGCGGUGAUCUCUUGAGGGAAGAAGUUUCCAGUGGUAGUCCUAGAGGAGCUUCGCUUCAAGAAUUAAUGUCUAAAGGUCUAUUUGUUCCCACGGACAUUGUGCUGGACCUGAUCAGAGAACGAAUGGAAAAGGUUAAAGCGGAAGGAUCUACGAAAAGUGGUUUCCUUAUCGAUGGGUAUCCUCGUGAAUUGGACCAAGGAAUUCUUUUUGAGAAGAAUGUCUGUCCGGUUGAUUUAAUCAUUUUCUUCGACGUCUCGAGUGAAACCAUGAAAACGAGGCUGAUGGGUCGUGCAGCCGUCUCACAAAGAGCCGACGAUAACGAGGAAACAAUCAAGAAGAGGAUCGAAAUAUUUAAUGUCAAGAACGGGGAGAUUGUUGAACACUAUAAGGAUAAAGUUGUUAAAAUCGUAGCUGAAGGGACCAUCGAUUCCAUAUUCGAACAGGCGGUGCAAGCUCUUGACCCAUUGGUAGCUUAGAUCCUGAAAGAAUUUUGUUAAUCUUAAAAGUAUUUAAAAACUCUAAGUAACUUCUAGUGGUUUCAGUCUUGGAAUUCCGAAUAUAAGUUUCAUUUUCGACAAGUUUAUCAGUCAUUUUGUAGGAAAAUUCUAAAAUACUGUGAACUUUUUAAUUUAUUUAAUUUGGUAUCAGUUAUGGAGUAAUCUAAAGUACCUGUUUUUAAUCACAGAAUAAAAUUACAUUAUGUAUAAAAUUGUUCAAUAUACUUUGUAACGUACGUGUUACUGUUAUAUUAUUGUUAUGUCGCUCAUAAAUUUAGAGACUGUUUUGAAUAUUAAUUAAAAUCUAUAUUCUACGA